AUGGCGUGGGUCGACGUUGGCCAAAACACGGCGUCGGUGGCUGUCGUGUGGGCCGACGGAGUGCUCGACGACGUGGGUAAGAUCUAUGUUGUAACAAAGCUGCAGCAAGAAAUAGUGAUGGUUCACGGCAGCAAGAAAUGUGGCAGCGGAGUGAAGCAUUACUGUAUAGAGAAUGGUACCCUUGCUGCUCAUCUCUACAAAAUUAAUACCAGUGGAAAUAUUUGUCACAUAUCAUGGGAGCAAAAACUCAACAUUUGCAUUGGUGUUGCAUAUGGAUUUUUUGGCACCCACAUUAGCACAGACGUUAAAGGCACAAUUGUUUAUUUGGAUCCAGAGUAUUUCAUGACUCGUCGGCUAAUCAAGAAAUCAAAUGCGUAUGCCUUCGAUGUUGUGUUGUUGGAAGUGCUUUAUGGGAGGUUGGCAGUUGAUAUGAAGCUUGAGGAAGAACAAUGCAGUCUAGCCCAAUGGGCUCAACAUUGUAUCAAAAAGGAGAAACUUGGUCAGAUCAUUGACCCUAGUAUGAGGGACCAAAUCUCACCAUAUUGCCUGAAGGUGUUUGCAAAAAUUGCUAACAAAUGCUUACAUAAUCAUCCAAAUGGAUAUCGUACAAUGGUUGAUGUAGUGGUGAGCCUCAAGUGCGCUUUGGCAACAUAG